AUGGCGCUUCUGAGCCCGACCUUUGCCCUCGGUGUCUUUGUCCUACUCUACCUCUCGUCCUUUGUCCUCUUCGCCGUUCUUCGAAUCGUCACCGGCGUCUCGAUCCAGCGGAUAGGCUACUUUUCCCUCCGCCGACUUGCGUACACACCGAGAGAUGGAAUCCGCAUCGAGAUCCGCGGGCUGGGGCUCAACAUCCACCGCCCAACGUUCGCACAGCCCACGUGGCUCAGCAUCGUCCUCAGCGACUUGACCGUUACCGCCGAUGUCAAGAAACUCGAAGAGCAGAAACCUGCCAGAAACGAAACACCCGAAAAUGUAGAUACCGACAAGGAGGAUGUGGUGGAAGCAGACGAGGAGAUCGACCCGCUCCUGGAGAAGCCAGAGAAGCCCCCUUCUCCUCGGCGUCAAAAUUCUGAGCCUCGGGCUGAGACCGAGACGUGGUCCCGCCUCCAGAAGAUCAAGGAAAAGGUGAAGAAGCUACACAGCAAGGUGAAAUGGCUGCGCAUGGUGGACGUGGUCGUGACCAACUCCGUCAUCAACGUGGUCGACGUGGGCAGCCUCCAGGUUGGGAGCUUGACGCUUGCAGUGGAUACGAGACACAAAAUGGCCGAUCGAGCUCGAUUCUUCUUCCACCGUUCCGAAUCUUCAAAGGAGAAUGCCGAGGCCGAAUGGAUCUUGACUGUGCGGAGCGUCUUUUUCGCGGCCGACGGCUGCGAGUCCCUCCAAAUACUCGACCAUGCCUUGCUCAAUGUUCACGGCUACUUGUACCCGUCGCAAGAGGGUCUCCGAGAUGCCACUGUUGCUUUGAAGCUUGGCCGAGUCCAGAUUCCCUAUGAUGAGCUGCAGCUCUCUGCAGCCAAGUUUAAACUGUCUCGAAAGCAGCCCAAAGUUGUCGAUUUGGAAGACCCGGUGGACAUAUUCGUUAGCAAGGUGCAAAAUGGAACUGCGCAGAAUACAGAUCACUUGAUGAAGAGCGUUUCAGACUCCAAGGAAUUCUUCAGCUCCAUUUUGCGAGGUAUCAAAGAGGUUCAGUUUGCUGUUAGUUUUGUUGGCCUCGUCAAAAAGGUCGACUCUGUCCACCCUGCGGCAAAACCAGUGCACCUCACUGCUUCCAUGAAGGAAGUCGGUGUUGACCUGCACCGCCUUGACCCAAAGUCGCCUGCGCAUCGCAUGUAUUUUCCGUCCAAAGAUAUUGCCCACGAAGCACUUGUGGCGGCGCUUUCAAUAUCGGUUGGAAUGGAUGAUGGCUGUGACAAACCGCAGCGCAUUCUUUAUAUCCCCAUGGCCACCACGACCGUCAGAACCACUUUGCCCUCCAAGACGAUUCAGCUUUCUUCGGUAGACAGCUUCGAAGAGAAGAAUGCCAAUAUCCUAUUCGCCAACUCUGUUGUCACCUCGCCAUCCAUCGAUCUUGACCCGCGACACCUUCCUCUGCUGAUAGCAAUGAUGCGACCCAAGCCCAAGCCACCGAAGACCGAGCAAAGGCAGCAGCAGAAAGAUUUGUUUUCUCGGCUGCUUCCCAAAGCAAACAUCAAGUUUACCAUGCAUGAGCCUGUACUUCGAAUCAAGCUCAAGCCGCUUGAGAAGACCGAGGAUCCAGACGAUUAUGGUCUCAUUAUAUCAUCCAUCUCAUCAGUUGCCCUCGACGUCGAGUCAUCCCACUCGCCUCUUGAAGAUCUACAUUAUUCUCUGGAUGGGGCAAUGCGACUGCAAUCCCAUCACUUAUACUAUCAGGCCGUUUCUGGCGAGAGAUUCGACCUAAUAACAACCGAGUCUUUUGACCUCAAAGUCCACUUGGCAGCCAACCCCGAAGUUUCUGUCGAUGCCACCAGCAAUAUCCAGUCGUUUGCCGUUAGUAUGGUACGGCCGGAAAUUACAGAUGGCGUCCGCCAGAUUGUGCGACAGCUACGUACCGACGUUGAACCUACCAAACGAGCUGCCCCCAAGGCUAGACGGCAUCAGAACUUCUUGCGAUCUCUCCCCGAAUGGCUUUUCCGUUACCAAAUCACAGCAGAGGAUGUCAACAUUGAGAUUGCUGGCAUAGACGAGGAAAUCUCGGAUGAUAGCAAAGGCAUUUCGCUGCAUCUCGAUGGCAUGUCUGCCGAGUAUCGUGCUCAGAGAUUGGAUGGUUUGCAAAAACGAAUGCUGAGACGCCGGACCCACAGUCGAUCUCUUACUCAGUCAGACUCAGAUCUCGCGUCUUCGAGUCCUACUAGGGCUAGGAAGAAGACUCAGAAUGUUGGUGACGGCCGUCGACUAGUAUUCAAUGCCAGAGGUAUAGAAGCUCAAAUUAUUGAGACUGCUGAGCAGCUCGAGGUGGAGCCUUUCAUCAACCUGCCUCGCCUUGAAUUUUCCCUCGCUGCAUCAAGCGACAGCCAUGGUUCCCUAUUUCACGUUCAAUCAGCCGUACGCUCAAUCAUGAUUCAAUACUCUCUUUAUCGCCAUUACUGCGUGGGCGUUGCCAUGAAGACGGUCAGGAAGGCUUUUAUGAGAACCAGUAGCGAUGCUCCAAGACCAUCACAGCAUGACUUGGCAACAGCACAGCAUGAUCCGGCAAAGGCAGAGUUUCUCGCUCCUCCCGGUAGCGGAUCAGGCUUCUCCCCUGCCGAUCCAGCGUCUACCAUGACGGAGGCUGUCGUCGUUGACAUCAAAGUUGCGCUAUUUCAAGUCAAGGCGGAGAUGCCGCAUGAUCCUAUGCUGAUGCUGCAAAUCUAUGGUCUGGAUGUCGGGCGUCAGAGGUGGUCAACGCCGUAUCUAAUGUCUAAGCUGAUUCGGCUGUACGUUGCAACUCCGCGCAUGCGUCAUGUAUGGUCGCGAGCAGUCAGCAUUAAAAACGGACGGCUUGAUCUCCGAGAGUCCAAGCACAAAUCGAACCAGGGGGCUUACACAGAAGAAAAGCUGUUUGACAUUUCGACAGAGGCGAUUCGGAUUGGCGUCCCGCACGAGGUCAUUGUUCACCGAAUUACCGAUAACAUCAUCAACAUGAUUAAAGCAGUGAAACAGCUACAUCACCGCUUCAAGACUGGUACAAACGAGUACAUCUUAGAAAAGAGGCCCGAAGAGCCCAAGCAUGUCCCGAAAGUAUCUAUCCGGUCACGGAAUCUCCUUUUCGAAAUAGAGGACGGAGCAUUUGAGUGGAAACUGGGCAUGAUCUAUCGCGCUGGGCGUAUGGAGCAGGUACAGAGAUUAACUAGAGAAGAGGCAUUCCGCGUCAAGCUGAAUCGCGUGCAAGAAGAGGAGUCAAGGAGAGGACAUAAUGGCAAGCAUCGUUCUCGAUCUGCCCACCCAAGGGGAAGAUCGGAUACGUCCUCGCACUCAUGGUUCCGAAGUCGAAGCUCAGACGCGACGAAGCAGGACGAGCGGAUUCGAGGGUCUCGACAUGGCGCGUUGCCAAGAUAUGACCCGGAAAAUGAAACUCUGAGCAUCAACGGAAAUUCAAAAGUCUCGACCGAGGAGGCGCGCCUUCACCUGGACAUGUUUAAUGCUCAGGCGUGGAAGAAGCGGAUUGAUCGAGCCUAUGAAGUAUCUCGACAAGGCGUAAAAGAGCUCCGUGGUCUCUUCUGGGGUCAAAACGAGAUGCCGAGUGAGAUUGAGGAGACGGAGAACAUUUUGGAAGUCCCUCCAAGACCGGCGUUGAUGGCCACUUAUGUGUCUAACCUCCACAUUAUCGUUGAUAAGCCGACCUUUCCCCUCAAAGAUCUCCCCGAUUUCAUCCACAAUGUCGGCAAAGGCGUGCCCAAGGAUAUGCUGUACAGCCUCCUGGUUCCCAUGCACAUCGCCAUCGAGAUGGGCGAAGCUCGUUGCUCACUGCGUGACUACCCUCUCCCGCUGUUACAUAUUCCCGGACUGAAAACUGGACAGUCGUCCAGGCUGCAAGCAGUCUCUUUGAAAACAAACUUUGUCUUGGCCGAAGAGUUUAGAGGACACGAGUCGUCACGAGAAGUUCCGGUGUACAUUAUACCUCCAAAGAACCCUUCCGUAUCAAAGGAGGGAAGCUUCGCAAUCGAAGUUAGGCGAACCAUUGGUCCCGUCAAAUCGUACUCGGAUGUUUUCAUGGAUAUCAACACUGCUCUCCCAACAAGGAUCACUUGGGGACCAUGCUACCAGCCAGCAAUUCAAGAUAUGAUGAUGGCCAUUGAAUCUUUCACUAAGCCACAGAUUGAUACCUCCGAGCGGGUUGGAUUCUGGGAUAAACUCCGACUCAACUUCCACUCGCGCAUUCAUGUUGCUUGGAAAGAGGACGGCGAGAUGCAUUUCGCAAUGAAGGGCACCCGCGAUCCCUACCAGGUCACUGGGCAUGGUGCAGGCUUCAUCAUGUGCUGGCGAAACGAUAUCAGAUGGGACAUCAAUGCAGAGGACAAUCCGAAGAGAUUCAUGACGGUGGACAGCGGCGAAUAUAUACUUGCUAUUCCAGACUACAGCAUGCAGGUGCGAGAAGCUGCGCGGCUCCGAGCCGAUGAUGAUAGCCGUCUUGCAGAUGAUCAUUUGCGAUGCGGCCCGGCUCAGUUCAAGAAAGUUGUCAUGAAGCUAUCCGGCAAAGUACAAUGGCUAGCUGGCCUCAUAUUUGAACGGGCCAUUGAAGAUGGCAGACGGAGUUUCGAUUUCAAGCCACAUUACGAAGUGGUUCUCAAGAACCCCAUCUAUGCAAAGCCUGAGAACGGACUCCCGUAUGAUGCUAUGCGUGGAUUCAGGAGUCGUCAUAUCCAUCUCUCCAUCGCAGUUCGCGCCCCAGCCGACCGCGAAUGGAUGUCGCAGAGCCUCGAGCCUUCCCGUAGCUACAACACCAUCCACCUGACUCCUCGUUUCUUCACCCACUUCUUUGCUUGGUGGGGUCUCUUCAGCGGACCCAUGUCGCUCCCCAUUCGGCAGGGCAACCUGUUUCCUGGAAGAGAAAAGAACAGCAAGAAAUUUGGAAGACACUUGGCCUCGGUCAAGUAUAACCUCCUGUUUGCUCCGCUGUUCCUAAGUCACAUAUAUAAACAUAAAGACGCUGAGGAUUACGCUGAGGAUGCGGUUUCUGCCACUGGCCUCAAGGUUCGGUUUGAUAGCUUUAUGCUUGACCUUCAUCAACGCCGAGAGGAAUUUGAUACCAUUGCCAAGACCAAGAACUCGCCGAGUCGAACUACGGGAAUCAAGAUUCAUGCCGCGCAUCUGGAUCUGGCUUGCGCAGAUAUCCGAGCCGUAUCUGCCAGUUUGACAGGCACCACAACGGAAGCCAUCAAGAAGGGAUCAAUUUCGCAUUUGACUCUUGACCAGGACGAGAAACCAGACCUGUCUCGCUUCAGCAUCCCUGAUGGAGACUAUAGCUGGAUCGACAUGGACGAUUUUGUGGAGUUGGAUUGGAUCCUGCCUACCGAAGCUCAUCCUGAGACAAAGAUACUUCCGCUUGCGUAUAUUCCUCGGCUGACUUACUUCCGUCAGACUGAUAUCGGAGGCACCAUUGCCGGCGACCCGACGAGGACAAGUCCGUUUGGAAACGAAGAUACCCAUUAUUGUUCCAUGAGCGAACAAAAUGACCCGAAGAGCGUACAAUCGCAGCUAAUUCAGGAGCGCCUAGAUCAGCUUGACGAGCAGAUAAGAGCGCACAUCAGACAUGUCGGCGAGGCUGAAUUGAAAGUGAUACGCACCGAUUCAAAAGAUCAAGAACUGCUCGAAGACUUUGACACGCUUCGUCAGCACUCCAAUGUGCUCCGCGAUAAGAGGGCCUUUUUGGAGACCAUGCUCGAGCGGAUGAAUGCUGGCAUAUCAAUCAACGGCCAUGUAUUCAGCGAGGUGCCGAGUAUACGUCGCUCAGAUGUAAAUGUGGAUUCUCCGAGUGAUUACAUGGACAUGCCAUCGAUCCCUUCCAACGUCGAGUUUGAGAGCGAAUUCGAGAACCGUUUCGUUGUUCACAAUAUGCAACUCAAAUGGAACAACCUGUUGCGUAAUAUUGUGCUGCGAUAUGUUCAUCAGAGCAGUCAACGGCGUGGAUUUAUAUACUACCUAUCUAGACCGGCCGUCAAGUUUAUCCUGGACAUGGUAGAGGAGCAAACCAGGCUUAGGGACGAGAAACUUGGAGCAUCAGAGUCAACACCUGCAUCAACACAUAAUGGAACUCCCCCAUCUCCGGAUGCUCCCUCAGAGAGCGAUGCCGCCAAGGACCUCGGAGAUCGUAUAAAAAGCAUUUUGUCAGAUUGUCGCAAAUUUUCGACAACUCGCGGCUUUGCAUGUAACGCCAAUGGUGUUGUUGAGGGCUCCAUCGAAGACUUGGAAGAUGGCAUUUCCGACGAGUUCAACCCCCAAAGCAGCUAUCAUGUCCGACUCAUUGCUCCGCAGAUUCAGCUACAGAGUGAGAAGAACAAGAAGCACGUUGUGUUGGUCACUUCAAAGGCAAUGGAGCUGAAGGUGGUGGAAGUCAUGGACAAGUCGAGAAUCGCAGACAAUGUCAGCGGUCUUGUCCAGCGCCGUUUCUUGGUCAACAUGGACAGCACUCAGUUCUUCGUCACGCACCAGAAGUGGUUCCAGACCAACCUGGUGUCUAUGUAUUCGGGCAGCAAGUAUGGUACGCCAACAGGCUCUUCGUGGCCACCCUGGGUCCCUAUGGAAGUCAUGUUUGAUUUCAAGACCGAUCCCUUUGGCUUCAAACGUGUCGUGCAGAAGACUUCAGCCAUGCUUCGAUAUGACAAGUACAACACUCUUCGUUUGAAGUACAACGACGAAGUCAGUGGAGAGAAUACUGACGGAGCCACCAAUGAGCCCACAGAGAGACGUGUGGAUAAUCUCUGGGUGGAGUUCCCGCAAGCGCGCGCUCUCUGUAACUCAUCGCAGUAUUACGCCAUGUAUGUCAUUGUGCUUGAUCUGCUCAUGUACAGCGAGCCCCUUGAGAAGACGAGGAAUGAGCGCUUGGAGAAGAUUAUCCUCGCGUCCGAUUUUAGCGACCUUAGCGGCACACCGGAGAUGGUGAUGAAAUUGCAGGAUCGGAUCAGGCAAAUGGAGGAAAUCAAGUCGCAUUUCCAAAUCUACUCUCCGUACUUGGACAAGAGAGGAUGGGAAGACCGCUUGGCUUUGGAACGUGAUUUGGCGGCUUCUGAGGAUGAGCUCUUCUUCAUGAUGAAAGCCAUCAUGACUUCACAGACGAGGCUGGAGAAGAACGCCCACUCCAGCGCGCUGUUGAAAUGGAGCAUUUCUGCUCGAGAUAUCGUGUGGCACCUUAUGCAGGAUUCGAAUGAGCCGCUGGUUGAACUUCAACUUAAGGAUUUAGAGUACGACCGCACUGAUCAUUCGGAUGGCUCCCACAUGAAUCUGGUCCGUGCUGGCAAAUUGCUUGGCCUGAACCUGUUGCCUGACGCGACGUAUCCGGAGAUAAUAGCUCCGUACCACGAAGGCGAGAGGCCGGGCACCCGAAACGGGGAAGACACUGACAUGAUUCGGGUAUACUGGUACAUGCUGGAAGCUAUCGCGGGCAUUCCAGUCAUGGAACGAUUCGAGAUUGAACUGUAUCCGAUGAAGAUUCAACUCGAGCGUGAAGUGGGCAAGCGGCUGUUUGAAUACAUCUUCCCCGGUAUGGACGCGGAGCAGGCGGAAGAUGCUGCAGGAAAGACUGGCACUCCCAAUCCUUCGAUUGUGAUCCGACGCGACUCGAACAGCUUGGAUGACGAGGGUAAUGAGUCGCCUAAGAGCACUGGUAGUAGACGUAGCACACGGAGCGGGCUGGAUACCUCCUUUUCAACACGUCCAGGCUCACUGGAGCUGCGGCUUAAGCCGACCUUGUCUUCCGGCGUUGCGGAUGAACGAGGCUCGAAGAAGCACCUUGGAACCAAUGGUUCCGAGGGCGGCCAUUCGUUCCGACUUUUCCGUUCUGGAACCUCGCGAACGCUGGGCAAGAAGUCUUCAGUCGAGUCUAUGCGGCCAAUGACGGGCACUCCACGACCUGGCGCCAUUGGUCGUUCGUCCACUGGGUUUUCCUCCAAAGACAGCAGAGACUCGGACACGAAGAAGUCGUCACGUUUCGGCAUACGAAGCAGACAUAAUACCGAUGAUAAGCAAAUGUCUGAUGAUCUUACCAAGAUGAUUAGCCGUGCCAACAACUACAUUACGUUUGCGCAUAUCAAGAUACCUUCGGUGGUCCUGUGUCUUAGCUACAAGGGCAAGGAUCAGCGGAAUUUUGAGGACGUCCAUAACUUUGUGUUCCGACUUCCGGUGAUUGAGUGGCAGAACAAGACUUGGUCAAACUUGGACCUUGCUUUGGCCCUGAAGAAGGCGGUUGUGAGGGCUCUCAUCUCACACACGGGAGCCAUUAUUGGAAACAAGUUUUCGAAGCACAAGCCCAACGCGGAGCAGCGGAAUAGAUUGCGGGAGCUGGCGAAUAGCUCUGUUCUGAUUUCCACGCCUUCCAGCAUAUCCCAGAAUUACACGCCGAGUAUACAUGACAGCGAUGAUUCUGCGAGCUUGUAUGGGACAUCCCCGGUGGACUUUUCGCGGUCGCCUCCGAGGUCUACUCGCAGCAGCAUCCGCAGCGGAAUCCCGGCUCCUCGAUCGGCUAGUCGCAGUAGCAGCAUUGCCAGCAGCAGGUCCCACCUCACGACUGGGUCUGCGCAAAACAUCAUACCGGUCCCGGCAUAUCUGACCAUGACGCCGCCGACGCCAGUGGACCAUCCUGGCCGAGGCGAGGGCCACCAUAGUAGUUUGGCCAUGGAGCUUCUCCGGCCAUCUUCUAGUCAUGGCGGAUCACAUCACCACCGCGGUCCGUUGAGAAGCUUUACGAGUGCCGAAUCGAGGCCGUCUACCAGUGCUGGACAUGCCGACGCAGGUGAUGAGCACCAUAACAAACCAACUGGUGGGAGAGGCUUUGGGCUGCGCGAUAAGCUUACUGCUCUUACGCAGAGGAUGAGCCAUCGCGAGAACAAUAAUAAUGCUGUGGUGCAGACGGAUGAGCCUGAGGAGAUGAAUGAGGAGGAGGAGCUUGCUUCUCCUAUUGCUGCUGCUGGUGGUGGGAUGGAGGGUUUCGACGAGGAUAGGUCGGAGAGAAGUCAUAGACUUAGUUGGUCUCAUGGACGAUCGAAAACGACUAGUUGA